UAUUAUAUUGUGAUUUUUAUAUUUUUCUUAUAAAAUUCACAAUUUCACUUCAACAAUUCUUCAUUUUUCUAUUAAUUCUCAGACUCCGGCACGGUUAGAAAGUUGGAAAAAGUCGUUAGGAAUUGCAUUAAAAGCAAAUGAUUAUAUUUGCCAUCUUCAUUUUAAAGAAGAAAAUAUAAAUAUGUACGAAAAGUUAACUAUUAAAGGAGAGCUCAAAUAUAUUCCUACACAAAGAAAAACGCUUAAGGAAGAAGCUGUGCCCACGAUCGAGCAUCAGUUUAUUCCCAUUCCCGAACAUGAACUCCAAGCCAAUACUAUUCACAUAGAGGAAUCUUUCGAACCAUACCCCAAUCAACCUAAGGACGAGCAGCAACAACAAAUCAAUGCCGAGCAACAGGAAUUAUCAGAAGAUCAAAAUGAUUCUAAUAAUUUAAUGGAUUAUGAAAUGAUACAACAGGACUUUGCGGAACCAUUGUUUAGUCAAUAUCAGGAUACUAAUGUAACAAUUAAUCCAAUAGAGAAUUUUAAAAGUAAGUUUCGGGCAUUUUCGUUGUUGCCGCCUUUUUGGCUACAUGCAGAAAAUCCUAAUGGGCUGGAAUUUAUGCGAAUGGAUCCAAAAACUCAGAAGAUUAAACAUCAUAUACGUUUAAACGAUGAUCUAACUGUCACUGUAAUUUUUCCCAAUAAUGAACAAUUGCCACUAAAGGAGAAAAUUAAUUCAUAUAACAACACCUACGAUUACUUAAAAUCGGUUGAAAGAUGGCCUUUGUGCGUUGGUACUCAGAUUGACGACAAUAAGUAAGUUUUGGUAGAUUGUUAACCAAGGGAUGAACGCAGUGAGAGUAUAGUCCGAGGCUAAAAUGAUGCCAUUCACCCGAGUUAAACACUCUACUUUUCAUUUCGAAUACGAGGAACCUAGCCCCAAAGCUUGUACUAUGGGUGUAGGCGAUAAUACAACUGUUUGCAGUCGUCUUAUGAAUAUAUAUACCAUAAUGUAACAGUUGUAUUUAAAAUAAAAGGAUAACUCGUAAGCCUAAUAACUUUGAUUUUAUUUAACAUUUUUGUCAUUAAAAAUAUUGUAUGUAACGGUACAUUAAAUAGGUCUUAAUUCUUGAACCUAUCCUAUUAAAACUCGACUUUUAUGUGUAUUUUAAGAACCCUUAUUAUGUAGGUACCUGUAGAUUAAAGCACUAUUUAUACAUAAACAAUGGUACAGGAGAAUAAUAAAAGAUAAAAACGAAUUUAUCUAAUAUAUAAUUACAUCAAUUUUCAGAUUUUGUAAAGGUGUGAUUAUUGGUGAUGAUACUUACGAAAGAAAUCAACAGUACCCAAGAUGUAAAUCUUGUCGAAUAUUACGAAAUCGUUUGCAGAACCGUAAUUCCACUUCAACUCUAUUACAAAAAAUGGCAGAAGCUAAACGGCGCGCUUCAAAUCUUGUACAUAAAUGCAAGCGUCUGAAGAGGACGGUAAGUCUUAUGCCGGCUACAUACGUAACGAUAAAUCGUUGCGAUAAAACUGUGCAGUCCGACUGUGCAGAUAAAUCGAACCGUGUGUAUGACAAAUCGUUACGAUAAUCGACAAUCGGACAAUCGGACUGCACAGUUUUAUCGCAACGAUUUAUCGUUACGUAUGUAGCCGGCAUUAAAGCCGUAACAGACUACCGCACCGCGCCACGACCUUGAUGGUGCGGUUAAAAUAUCUCUUUCACGCUCCAAAUUAUAGCUACAUCC